AUUGUUGUAUUUUGAUAAAAAGGAAAAAAAAAAAAAAAUGAUUAUUGAUUGUGCUUAACCACAUCAAUGGACGGGAUCUCCUUCCUCGUUCCAAACGCUAUAGCUGUUCUCCUUCUCUCACUCUGUCUCUGAUUCGGUGACUGCAAACCCUAUGAACUGUACAAUGAGGAUCGACUAUUGCAGCUGGCCUGCUCAUCAAGCUACUGUUUUUAGAGGAAGUGGGGGAUGUGAUUGAUUUAGAUGCCUGAGCAUGAGGAUCGCCUUCGCAAUUUCAUUAAUUCGGCAUGGAGAUGUUGCUCUCUUUUAGGUGGUUGGAUUUCCAGCCAAUUUAAAGACAUUGAACAAAACUGGUUGGCUCACCCUGGUAAUUUUCUCUCUAAAUUGGUUGAAGAAAAGGAAAGUCACCAUUCAGACUCUAUGACUGAGAUGAAUUUUAUAGAUAUCAGUUCCUCUGAUGAUGAUUUGGAGAGUUGGGAAACAGAUGGUUGGGGAUCUACUUCUUCUAGGGUUCUUCCUGAAUGGGCUUCUACACGCGGAACAAAUUCAAGUACUACAGGUCACAGUGUACAGCCUCAAAAGGUUAAUUCUCCUAAAAGAGGAUUUGCUUCAAAUGGCAACUCUUCAAAUAUUAAUAAUCAUUCACGGGAAAAACUCCAUUUUCAUCCUGGUUCUAGCGACAAUAUUAGAGCUUCAAAUUUUCAUCAGAGUGCCCAGGUGGAUGAUUCGGAGUACUUUACAGAUAAUGGAAAUGCAAGUCAGCCUUGGACUGUUAAUUCCCAAAUUGCUAAUCGUUCUGGUACUGAUUAUGAGAAAAUUUCAUCUCAACAGGCUCCGAACAGGACCCUUCCCCCAUCUCUACAGCCAUUUGUGCCAAGUAUUAGAUUAAACCAUAUAGCAGAGAACAUGGGAAGUAGCAUGGUUCGUAAUACUUAUGAAAAUUCUUACCAUUCAGCAGGGCCUAGUGUAAUCAAAAGCAAGGGCUAUCUGCAAGACCAUUUUAGCAGGGGAAAGAAUGAUGAAGUUAUUUCAAACAGUGGAACUAGGAUCCUACAUCCAUCUUUGAUGCAUGGAAAGGCCAUUUCCUCCAACCAGUUUGUUAAUUCAAUCGAUCCCUCAUUCCGUCCCAUGGUAGGUGAAGAAAGACAAACUGAAAAUGAUGAGAGACUGAUUUAUCAAGCAGCAUUGGAGGAUCUUAAUCAACCAAAAGUUGAAGCUACUUUACCAGAUAAUCUUUUGUCUGUUCCUCUUCUCAGACAUCAGAAAAUUGCCUUGGCUUGGAUGCUGCAAAAGGAGACUAGAAGUUUGCAUUGUUUGGGUGGAAUUUUAGCCGAUGAUCAAGGCCUUGGUAAGACCAUUUCUAUGAUUGCCCUCAUACAAAUGCAGAGGUCUUUGCAGUCAAAACCAACAUCAGAAGAUCUAUGCAAUCGCAAAACUGAAGCAUUGAAUCUUGAUGAUGAUGAUGAUAAUGUCAGUGUUGUUGUGGAUGAAGUCAAGAAGUCUGAAGAAACUGAUGGUUUAAAACCUAUUCCAGAAGUGAGUACCUCCAUGCGGCCAUUUAGUAGGCAGAGGCCAGCAGCUGGUACAUUAGUAGUGUGCCCAGCAAGUGUUCUUCGGCAAUGGGCUAGGGAGCUGGACGACAAAGUUGCAGAUGAGGCUAAACUUUCUGUCUUGGUUUAUCAUGGAGGCAGUAGGACAAAGGAUCCUGUUGAACUGGCAAAACAUGAUGUUGUUCUCACUACAUAUGCUAUUGUAACUAAUGAAGUUCCAAAACAACCUUUAGUUGACGAGGAUGAUGCUGAUGAAAAAAAUGGAGAAUUGUAUGGGUUAUCAGCCGAAUUUUCCACUAAUAAAAAGAGGAAAAAGACAUCUAAUGUAAGCAAGCGGGGAAAAAAGGGUAGAAAAGGAAUAGAUAACUCUUCUAUUGAUUGUGGUGGUGGUCCGCUGGCAAGAGUGGGUUGGUUUAGGGUGAUACUAGAUGAAGCUCAGACAAUUAAAAACCACCGAACUCAAGUGGCUAGAGCUUGCUGUAGCCUUCGAGCCAAAAGAAGGUGGUGCUUAUCUGGAACACCUAUUCAAAAUGCGAUUGACGACUUAUACAGUUACUUUAGGUUCCUAAAAUAUGACCCAUAUGCCGUGUACAAAUCAUUUUACAAUACAAUAAAGGUACCAAUAUCUAGAAAUUCACUACAUGGGUACAAGAAGCUUCAAGCAGUUUUGAGAGCUAUAAUGCUGCGUCGUACAAAAGGGACAUUGAUUGAUGGGGAGCCUAUAAUUAAGUUACCACCAAAAAAAAUAAACUUGACUAAGGUGAACUUCUCAAUUGAGGAACGAGCCUUCUAUACCAAGCUAGAAGCUGAUUCACGUACUCAAUUCAAGGCAUAUGCUGCUGCUGGCACGGUGAAUCAGAAUUAUGCAAAUAUUCUUUUGAUGCUUUUACGCCUCCGCCAGGCCUGUGACCAUCCGUGUCUUGUCAAAGAUUAUAAAUCUGACUCAGUUGGAAAAGAUUCUCUUGAAAUGGCGAAGAAAAUACCCAGGGACAUGCUGAUCAAUCUAUUGAAUUGCUUAGAAACUUCCUUCGCCAUCUGCCGUGUAUGCGAUGAUCCGCCUGAGGACCCUGUUGUUACCAUGUGUGGUCAUGUUUUCUGCUAUCAGUGUGUAUCAGAAUAUUUGACUGGUGAUGAUAAUACGUGCCCUGCACCUGGAUGUAAAGAACAACUUGGUUCGGACAUUGUUUUCUCCAAAGCUACUUUGAGUAGUUGUCUUUCUGUUGAUGUUGGCAGUCCCACGAUUUCUCAGUCCACUGAGAGUUCACUAGUUCUGCAGAAUGAGUAUGGUUCGUCUAAAAUCAGAGCUGUUCUUGAGAUUCUGCAGACACAUUGCAAAAGGCCUAAAUCCAUGGAAUGCAAUGGAAGCCCUCUGUCUCAAGAAAUGGCAUACACAGAGAAUGGCCCUUCAGCUGUAGGAGCUAUAAAUCACACAACAGUUUUUUCAAAACCACCAUCUGAGGGACCAAUAAAAGCAAUUAUUUUUUCCCAGUGGACUAGCAUGUUGGACUUGGUGGAGAUUUCAUUGAAUGAUUCUUGUAUAGAGUACAGGAGGCUUGAUGGCACAAUGACUCUGGGUGCUAGGGACAGGGCUGUUAGAGAUUUCAACACCGACUCAGAGGUCACCGUUAUGCUGAUGUCGUUAAAAGCAGGAAACCUUGGGUUAAACAUGGUUGCUGCAUGUCAUGUUAUUCUCUUGGAUCUUUGGUGGAAUCCAACUACUGAAGAUCAGGCUGUUGAUCGAGCACAUAGGAUUGGACAGACUCGUCCUGUUACUGUAACACGGAUUACAAUCAAAGACACUGUGGAAGAUAGGAUAUUAUCCCUCCAGGAAGAGAAGAGAAAAAUGGUCGCAUCUGCUUUUGGUGAAGACCAAAGUGGGGGCUCUGCAACUCGCCUAACAGUUGAUGAUCUUAAAUAUCUCUUUAUGGUCUAAACACCAUAUUCCCAUUUCCUCCGAAUUCUUCUGGAUUUCGGUAAUUAUUCUCUCUUGAUAUUUGCCUAAAAGGGGAAAAGAGGUUCGAAGAGUCGAAUUUGAAUCUUGAUCAGUGUACGUGGCAGCGAGAUCUUAUGUGGCUGCACUUAUAGGGCCUUCUCAUCCUGUGGCCCAUCAGCCCAAUGAGUUGGUGAUCUUGAUGGUAACUUAUACGAGUUUUGAGGCCCAUAAAGGGCAUUUUUGUUCUCAUAGAUGGUCAAAUGGCGAGAAGCCGCCUGUAGAUAUUCUAACUAAUUUAUUUCCACGCGGAGGAUCUAGGUUUUGUAGUUGACAUUUUCUAUUUAUUAAUGUAUGUUAUGUGUAAUUUUGUUGCCCUUGUAAUGUAUUUCACGAAAUCAUAGGAGGUGCUCAGAUGAUUACUCUCA